AUGCAAGGGAGGAACAACCAGUCACUAUCUCUUCACGUAUUCCACACCAACCACGCCAUGAACAAAAAACAAAGGACUGGCAUUGUCUUCGCAGUUUCUUUGGACAAACUCCCUGAUUGGGCUCACUUUAACCGUGACGAUAAUUGGAUCUCCGAUCAAUCGGUGCUUUCCUCUGCGUCUGUCCUCCCAAUCUUGGAUGUCACGACUCCAUUCACGUUCAAAACUAUCGUGGUUGAACAGGAACUUCACCACAAAGAACAUCAUAUACUCGCCAGCAAACGAGAUAGUUGCAAUUGUAUUGUCGCGAGUACGCCUGAAAUCAUACGCAAUCGAGCAAUCGGUGAAGUCUUCUGGCAAAUCCAGAUGUUCUUGGAUGCUGAAAGAAAAGUGGAACCAUUUAUAGAAAUAUUGGGCUUGAGUAGAACAAUCAAUGAAAUGGAGAAUGUAUUAAGUUGUGUCGAACGAACAAGUGGAUAUGCUGAAGGACAUUAG